CCUCGAACUUACGACUGUCCUCACAUUUUACGUUUUUGCCCUAUCUUGUCACCAUGGUGAAGAGAAGCAGUUGUGAAAUGAGUGACAUGGUUGUUAAGAAAGCUGCACGGGCAUAAAUGUGAGGAUGGUCAUAAGUGUGAGGACCGGUCAAAAGUGCGAGGCCCAGUCAGAAAUGACUUUUUUUCAGCCCUCUGAGUAGUCCCUAUGCACAUAGCCACGCCCACCCGGUCACAUGACCAGCUAGCCACACCUACACAGUCACAUGACCAGCUAGCCAUGCCUACACAGUCACGUGACCAGCUAGCCAUGCCCACCCAGUCACAUGAUUGCCAAGCCACACCCCCAACUAAGCCACGCCCACAGAACCUGUUGUUAAAAAAAUUGAAUCCCACCACUGGUCACAGGGUGAUAUUAUUCUUGUACCGCAAGGUCAAGAUUUAUCUUCUAUUCAAGGCGAACAUGUGUUGCAGGGUUCUCUGCCCAUACCGUCCUCUGUACCUAUUCAGGCCCCUCAGGCUACUCAGCCUUCGAUGGUUGCCGGAUUGGCUAAUGUGGGGGUUGGUAAUUCUACUCCUGCCAUGGACUUUCAGUCUAUUUUGUCCCAGGCAUUUGCCAGUAUUUUUCAAGAUGGAUUGCAUCAGCAAUCACUCUUGGGCACCCUUCCAAGCACCUGGAUCUAUUCCAGCUGCACCCAAAGUACAACCAUCCACCAGCUAUUCUUACAAACAACCUGAGUAUUUUGCUCAGGAUGAUGAAUACCUUGACGAAUUUGAACUUUCUGACGAUGAUGAGGAGUUUCAGGAGAAGCCUUCGAUCCCGGGUCUUUUUAGGCCCACUCUAUUUAAAUCUCUUUUACAUAAGGCAAAAGUGGCAACCAAAAUGGGCAAAGCUCUUGACCCGGCUUCUUCUUCUCAAGAUCAAGAGAAUCCUAAUGACUCCUUAUUUAAAUUACCACAAACUGACAUUGACUUUGUUCCAUGCCCUGAUUUGUUCUCUCAAGUGAUUUGAAAACCCUGGGAGAGACCAGGUUCUAUUUCAGGCCCCUCGGGUCAUCACAAGAUGUACUGUGCUGCUCCAGAGCUUGAUGCCUUAUUGAACUUACCUGUAGUUGAUGAGCCUGUUGCCAGUCUUGUCUCUCCAUCUGUUUUGGCAGGCGAUGUAGGAGAUGGCCUGAAGGCGGAAGAUAAGAGAACUGAACUGUCCUAUAGGAAGACACACCAAGCAGCAGCCUGGGCCAUCAGAGCUGCUACAUUUGGACUCAACCUUCGCUCAGGGGACCUGGUCUCCCCUAGAACGACAACACAGCAUCAACUGAUUAGAGCUCCGGGCGGUGCGCCUAGCGUUGAUAACUUUACAUCCCUAAUAAGGAACAAACAUGUACUCAUAUUGACAGACAAUAUGACUACAAAGGCUCAUCUCAAUCGACAGGGGGGCAUGAGGUCCAAAGAGUUGAUGGCGGAGACAGACCUACUGAUGUCGUGGGCAAAACAACAUCUCCAUUCCAUAAAGGCGGAGCAUAUUUCAGGCAAGUCAAACCUCCAGGCAGACUAUCUGAGCAGGGAUCGCCUGGAUCCAUUGGAGUGGCGCCUGAGCCCUCAAUUGUUCCAGGAAAUAGCGAACAGAUUCGGCAUGCCAGUAGUCGACCUCUUUGCAACGUCUCAAAACACUCAUCUUCCUCGGUAUUUCACUCGUUUUCCGUCUCCAGGAGCAGAAGGACACGAUGCCCUCAGGGCCCAGUGGCCAGAAGGUCUACUAUAUGCAUUUCCCCCAAUUCCAGUCAUUCCGGGGGUGAUCAGGAAACUGCUUCUGGAACACACAGAUCUUCUCUUGGUGGCACCCUAUUGGCCUCGGAGGGCGUGGUUCGCCGAUUUUCAAGAUCUUUUAGUAGGGAUGCCAUGGCGGAUUCCUCUCAACCAACUGUCGCUGAGCCAGGGUGCCGUUCAACACCCAGAUCCAGGUUGGCUCCGUUGA